GUCAGGAUCUGGCCUAUCACUCACCUAUAAACCUGGUCAUCAAGUUUGGGGGGAGAAGGGUCCUUACGUCGCUUUUCUCGAAGCUCACAGAAUACCUGGAAAGCGUCACUUUGUCAAGUCAAACUAUUCAGCCCAUUCAUCUCUCUACCUUGAGCCCAGAAAUUUCAAGUGGUGUGACAUCCUUCUCAGGGACUCACCAACAACUCCAGGCCCACUAGUAAACACUGUUUGCAAUAGAUCAUGACUUUGAUGACCGCCCCAGUGUUAUACCCCAUCGGCUUUAUAUCAAGCGCGUCGGCGUCGCGGCAAGCACCCGCUUGUUGUGCUUACGUACAUUUGACGGUUUUCCUAGCUGCCGCCGGAAUCGUACUUUGCACCAUUAAACGUUGCCGGGCAAUACCGUCUAGUACGAGCGGCGAAUCCAAACUAUGUUCACCCCUCCUUAUUACGAAGCAGCACCCCCGUCGACUCCAAACGAUAUUUCUCCUUCGCCGGUACCUUUACUGCAAUACCCACCCCCAUCUUAUAUCCCUGUUUGAAUUCCCCCAACGACGACAACAAUUGCCACCAUCUGUAUCGCUAUCAUUCAAUGAUAUGUAAAUCAAAUAUAAGUUUACCGGUCA